GCAACAACGAAAAAAAUCGGCGUGCUUAAUUUUGUGAAUCAACAGCAGGGCGGGGCGGGUCCUACAGGUUCUACACAGACUGAUUGGUCCACUCUCUGUCAGUCAAAUCCCAGGCUUUUUGGCUCCCCCCGGCUGCUGUACUCCUCAGACAAUCGCUGGUACCAAACCAACGCUACACGACAGUUCCGUGUCGAACAGGUGAAAGUCUUCUUUACCAACUUUUGUUCCUUUUAGCGAUGACGUCGUCUGCCAUGAUCACCGUGCCCACCACCGCCUCCCGCUUCGCCCUGCUCCAGAUAGACUCGGAUUCGGACUCGGACACCUCCGAGCCGGGGAAGAGCAGCACCAAAGGCGGACGGGACUCCGCCGGGAAGCCCCGCCAUGGGAAGGCUGGAGCGGCCGGGGGCAAGGCGGCUCAGGGCGGCGACAAGAAGAAGGACAAGAAGAAGAAGAAGAAGGAACAGCAGCAGAGCGAGGCCAACGAGCUACGUAAUCUAGCCUUCAAGAAGAUUCCUCAGAAGUCGGGUGCCCCGCCUCCCUGUAUGACGCUGUCAGGAGUAGCCAGCGAACUUCUCAGCCCUACAUCAGGGGACCACAGUAUUCCUUCAGGAGGGUGGCAGCAAUGGAAGCAGAAGGAUGAGCAGAUGACCACUGAACUUUAUGAGGCAGACUUGGAAAAGGCCUUGAUUCUAAGUAAACUGGAGUUCGAACAAAAUAAACAGGACAACACAAAUGCAUCCUCGCCAAAGUCACAAGGAGGAAAAGAGGGUGGAGGAAAGAAGGACAAAAAGAAGAAUCAGCAGGCAAAAGACAAAAAGACAGUUUCUCUGCAGGACUUCCAGGCUGAAGGCAGUGUAGAACAUUCAAGUAAGAAACAUGAGAAAGAGGAUGCCCGAGGAGCUAACGUGGCGCUAGGAAUCGGUCAGGAGGAACGAUUCUUUAAUAAACUGGAAGAUGACGUCAGUCAGAUUAUCCAACGGGAAAAAAGACGUGAGCAGUACUCUAACAGCCAGGGGCAAGAAGUCAACACGUCCACAGAACACGAACCAGACCCCAGGGCAGAGCAGCUGAAGUACGACCUGGAGAAGAAAGACCAGGAAAUCGAUAAGCUAAAGAAAACAAUUUCGCAGUGGGAGGUGAAAUACAAAGAAGUGAAAGCAAGAAAUUCCCAGCUGCUCAAGAUGCUCCAACAGGGAGAGAUGAAAGAUAAAGCAGAAAUCCUUCUACAGGUAGAAGAGCUACUACAUAUAAAAGAAGAACUGUCAUCACAGGUAACAUUACUGCACACUGCCCUUGAACAAGAAAGGUCUAAAAUCAAAGGUCUGCAGUCAGAACAACCGAAACAUCAGGGAAACAAAAAGGGGAAAAAAGGUUCAGAAAUGGAUCUAUGAAGGCUCCAAAAGGAACAUAUGAAGAAAAACACUGAUCAUAAUCAGGAUUCUGUCCUUUUGUUUUUUGUUUUAUUAGCUUGAACUCUGUCAGCAUAUAAUGCAUGCCCAUGUAAUUGAACACACAGUACACACACACACACACACACACACACACACACGCAGACUACACUCCAGGAUGUAUGACACAGCUGAUCAGUUUAAAGGUUGUUGAAAUGGUAGCUUGGCCCCACAGUGCUGCCCUCUGCAGGCACCAGGCUGCCAUUGCUCUGUUGAAGCCUGUGUGCCUGACCUUUCUUUUGGUCCAUAAUGACAGAUGUGAAAUUUGUUUUUUAUUUGUUUUUGAUUGUUUUCUCGCUGUUAAGUAAAUAAAAUACUUUUUCAGUGAA